AUGAGCAUGGCUGUAACCACAACCACCCCUAUUCCCACCCCUACUUUUGUCCCCUUUGUUGUUCUGGAGAAAGAAAAGGAACUUGUCACCACUAUCUCCACCACAUCAGCCAUUACCCCGACUCCUCCGCCGCCGCCUCCUGUAGUGGUCAGCAAAACUAAAGGGCGGCCUGUGGAGGAAGAGGAAUCCCAGACGCAGCAUCCACGCAAGAGGAAGUUCCCCAAACCGCAGGUUCAGCUGGUCAACACAGCCAUGCAGCAGACCAGGGAGAUGAUUCAACAGACGCUGGCUGUCAUUGUCAAUGCCAUCAAACUGGAUGACAUAGAACCCUACCACAGUGACCGCUCUAACCCUUACUUCGAAUACCUGCAGAUACGGAAAAAAAUAGAGGAGAAGAGGAAGAUCUUGUGCUACAUCACACCACAGGCCCCUCAGUGCUAUGCUGAGUACGUGACCUACACAGGCUCCUACCUGCUGGAUGGCAAGCCUCUCAGCAAGCUGCACAUCCCAGUGAUUGCUCCACCUCCAUCGUUAUCGGAGCCCCUGAAGGAGCUCUUUCGACAGCAGGAGACAGUGAGGGGGAAGCUGAGACUGCAGCACAGCAUAGAGAGGGAAAAGCUUAUUGUCUCGUGUGAGCAAGAAGUACUGCGGGUCCAUUGCAGAGCGGCAAGGACGAUAGCCAAUCAGGCUGUCCCAUUUAGUGCCUGCACUAUGUUACUGGACUCUGAGGUGUACAACAUGCCAACAGAGAGUCAGGUGCGUCUGUGGGUGGUCAAAAAGGGUGAUGAGAACAAGUCAGUGAGAGAUCGCUUCAAUGCUCGCCAGUUCAUUUCCUGGAUUCAGGAUGUGGAUGACAAAUAUGACCGCAUGAAGACGUGUCUGUUAAUGCGGCAGCAGCAUGAGGCAGCUGCCCUGAACGCAGUGCAGAGGAUGGAGUGGCAACUGAAGGUGCAGGAGCUGGACCCUGCUGUACACAAGUCUCUGUGCGUCAACGAGGUCCCCUCCUUCUACGUGCCAAUGGUUGACGUCAACGAUGACUUUGUGCUGUUGCCCGCGUGACAGAAACAUGCACUCGUUCACAGAGUUAGAGGUCAAAUAUCAUCACUUAUCAAAGAGACAUCAAACAGAACGUAUGGUAAGGGCUAGCCGGUUUGAAGAGGAAUAAAACCUAUAUAUUAUAUAGAAAAAAUUCAAAGAAAAAAAAACUUGCUAAUGGUUCUCUUCCAUGAGAGGAGGAAGCAUCUUUUUACCGGGGAAAAACACAACUUGCACUUUCAUCCCUCAAGUUUUUAUGCUUUUGUUCAGAAUAUAAAAAGCAAAAAACGGCUUUGCUUUGAAGCGCCCAACACCACCUCCCUUUUAGGUGAUGUUUGGACAGAGAAUAGGGGAGAAAUAUUUUUCUGAAUUUUUUGGUCCCCGUAAAUGAAACCACAAAGGAACGCUGGAGAGGAGCCCUCCCACCAUUCUGAAUCAUCUCCUGGUGGAUGGGGAUGAGGCACCACAGUGGACACAGAGCUCCAGGUGAGCCUUGAGGAGGAGAAAGCAGCACAUGGUCAGAAGGGCAUGCAUGCGCGAUGUGGUGGUGUAACAUGUGGCAUUUGCGGGGCCUCCAGCCUCUUCCUGUUGAAAGGAUAGGAGAGUCUGCGUGGAUGCUGUCUUUCUGGUCGGGACCAUAAGGCCACACUCAGUCAGAGAGCCUCAGUCCUCUCUGUCCACAGCCCACCACCACACCCGGUAGAACCAGCAUCCUGCCCCGGAGCAGAGCAGAGUACAGCCAAGGGUCCAUAGAGUGUGUCAGGGGGUUAAUGCCGGAGGUGUAGAGACGGCAUCUUCCGCCUCAUGGCCUGGGCAGAGGAGUGAGGCAGAGAAUGGGGAUGAACCGGAGCAUCCCCACCAGAGUCUGGUCACCUGGCUCUGCAUGCAGGAAGAACCAGCCUCUGACACUCUGCCAAGCUAGGUAGAACACACACACACCUGUUCACCUGCAACUAUGACUGCAAAUGGAAAAACAGGAUAAAAGAAUAAUACAAGAAUGUUGCGAUUCAAAGAUUCAAGACUAAACAGAUGGUGGUUUAGAGGAGAAUAUUCUUCUUUUUGUCUGUUUCUUUACUUGGGCAUUUAAUUGUUUCUGAGGAAGUGACUUGAAACACUACAGAGCCAAUAUUAGUUUAAUGGGAAAAAAGAAAACUGAAAAAAAAUUGUAUUCCGUAAAUGAUGUACAGUUUUUAUAUUCGUUAACCAAUGUAUUCUUGCUGCCUUCUAGAUAAUUUAUUUUGCCACACAUUACUGCACAGUUGUAAAUAACGUAUGUACUGUAACAUCACUCAGUUAAGUGUAAAAAAAUAAAUGAAUAAAAAUGAUCUUUGUAUGUACAGUUCACUUUCGGGCAGCACUUUCCCCCUCAUACCCAUGGGCCAAAAUGUGCACACGUUGUCAGUAUUUUAAAGACUCCAGUGCACAGUUGUAACGUUCCCAUCUAUAGGUUUUGUCCAGGGCUGGUCAAAAUGAGUUACCUGUGUUGGAAUCACCACAACGUACAUAGGCAGUACAAAACCCCACCAUAUUGAACAAUGCCCAAACUAAGGGCCACAACUAUAGUCCUCAGAUGUAGCAAAAUGGUUAUAAAAUGAUUUAAAGAAUAGAAUAGUUAUAUUAGUCAUUGCUUUAUUACACAAUUAUAUCUGAAAAAAAUCUAAACCAAGAAAAUGCCUUUUUACAGUGAAUAUUUUUCAUUUACUCAGUGUUGGGCAAGUCAAACAAGGGUGCUUCUGGAUUGGUCAAGAAAGAAAUGCCACUAACAAGAAAAACCAUAACAUUUAUAAUUCUGGGUGGGAUUUUCUUUUUGUCUUUUUCUUUCUUUAAUCUACCCAUUAAUUUGACUUUAAUUGUAUGUGUGGGUCUUUAUGAAUAAUAUUCAUCAUGUUGGAGAAUUUUCAAGCCACAAGACUAGGGAUCUGAUAGCCAGCUCAAUAUUUGAAAUCCUUAACUUCCCUUUUUGAUUGUCACUGUCAUAGACAUCAUAUACAGGUUAACUGUUUUUCAGGCCACAUCAGAUUGACAUGAAUGUUCCUGAUCUCUUCUGUAUACCACCUAAAAAGAAACCUGAAAAACAUUCCAUAUUGGUUUUUAAAAUGUAUUCUUGCUUUAAUUCUGUGUGUUAGCUUCCAAACUCCCUGGGUCCAUACGUGAACAUUACAAUUUUUUUUACCUUCAAAAAAAUAUCUUGUCUCAAAAUGCACAUCAGCCAAUUCAAAUCGUUGACGUAGUUGCAUGUGAUAAGAUGCUAAAUGUUAGCUGUUCCCAUUACAUAACCAGACACACACAGCCCUAUGCUAACCUGACCUGACGGCAGUGAUCGUCAGGUUACAAAUUCUGCAUCAGUCAAUUUCAAAUCAUGAUUUAGAUGGAUGUAAUAGAACCGUUUUCCAUGAGAGAACUGGACCAAUAACUCAACGUAGCGAGCCUGGCUCCUGGUCAUUUUUGCCAUUUGCAACUGUCUGCCACUUCUCAGAAUGGUCCUUGUUGAACUUCUAAAAGCCUUUGGAGAUGGGGGGGGGGUUCUCCUAAGCUAACAUAUGGAAUUAUUUUAAUAUGGUCAUACCGUGGAUCAUUUAGCUUUUUGAUUUAGAAUUUUAGGACCCCUCUAGGUAUGAAAAAAUAUACACACAUUUUUGGGGAUACAAUUGUGAAUUUGGGCUUUACUACUAUAGACUAUAGAAACAAAUUGAAUAACACAUUCAUAAAUGGAAAAACAUACAGUAAAAAAAAUGUAAUCAUAAGGUUUUGAAGUGUCUGUCCUAUAUCUAGGAGAUCAGGAAAUGUACAUAUAUUUUUGGACACAUAUUUAACCGCUUUUUUUGGGGCACAAAACUACCUCCAUACUUCCAUUCAUUUGUUUUAAAACCGGUACCAGGGUUAUAUGUACCGUGACAGUUGUGGGGGUCAUAGAGCAAAACCACGACCCCAUUGUGUUCUUGACAGUCUAAUCUUUCCAUAGAGUGGUCAUAUUAGUUAGUAGGCCAACCGUUUGGACGCUAUAGACAUUUUCGUGAGAAGGCUGAAUUUCAAAAUGUCUCCUGGUCUGACAAACAGCGCUGUAGCUCUGCCACCUACCACCGCAGAUGUGGAAGGCCGACAUAGGCGGAUGCAGUGGAUUGAGAUGCAUCCCAUGCAAAACAACACAUCUCUAGCUUAAACUGGCAGAUUUUUAUGGGGAUUUUUUUAUGUUUAUUAGAUUUGUCACACAGGUACGUCAAUAGACUUAAGGAUUUGAAUAAAGUUUAGAUCAAAGUGGAGUCGUUGUCUCGCAAGAUCACUUAAUGAUUCAUUAGUAUUCUACAUAGGCCUAACAUACUGAAUAUAAUAGCAUAGUAUAACUCUACUGUUAGACCAAAAUCAUCACUUAUUUUCUUAUUUAGGCUACAACAUUUUAUAUGCAUUAUUAGAAUCAUCCUCUUGGUGUAAGAGCUGUUUGAAAUUUCAGCUUGUUUGGCUGGGUGGGGUUUUUGGACUGCCCAGUGACAUCACCAGGCAGUAUAAGUUUAAUAGGCCAAUAAUUUAGUUUUCAGGUUACACAUCCCUCCCAUUAGGCUCCUCCAAUUUGGCCCCUCUUUCCACUCCCAGACAAUCCUAGCAAAGUUCUUGCUGGAGAAUCAACUUUUUUUUUAGAAGCUACUGUAUUUUUGACCAUUUUAAUUGAUCACAGUAAGGUACUUAAUUGUUACCCAGAUAUUGAGAUAAAAAUGUUGGCAUUAGACCUUUAACAAAAAAGCUUGACAUGAAGGGGCCUCUAACCGCCUUAGCGGCAUAUGACUCCUGGCAGCGAUGGUAGUAGGGGUACAUGAUGGCUAUUUGACAAGACCAUAAGGCUCUUCAACUUUCUUUUUUUUUAUAGCAAUGUACGAUUAACUUAAAUGACCUUUAUCUUUUUCCCGUUAAAGCACACGGAUGUGUGUGAAAAGGAUAAGCAAAAAUGUUGCCAUAUAUGCGAAAACAUGCCUUUUGAAUUUUGCCUAGUUAGUAGCUAGUUAGUGGCUAGUAGCAGCAUAGUCAAGGAUGCGUCAUGCAAUGUUGGGACUCUAUACUUUACAGUCCAAGUGGAACCAAAGUAAACCUUGAAUUUGGAGGCGUACAAUAUCCCUCUGGUGGAAAACUUGACCAAUAAUUAGAAAUGCCAUUUGGUUGGUGGAUAUAACGUCUGCGAUCUUUGAUAGACUGAUGUGGAAUUUGUUCCAGGAAAUAAUCACUGCCAACUAAUCAGGUUAGCAUAGGGCUAAAUGUGCCAGGUUAUGUAAUGUGGAACAGCUAACGUAACAUUGUCACAUGCAACUAUGUCAUGAUUUGAAAUGGCUGAUGCACAUUUUGAGACAGAGAGAGUUUAAACUCAAACUUUUUCUAAUGUUCGCAAGUAUGGACCCCCUCCAAUUAUCUAGUUUUGUACAGUAGUGGAGAUAUAUUUACAGUAGUAGAAAGUGCUACUCUUCAAAUACUCAAAGGGUGAUCAUACUCCUCUGCGUAACAUAGGUAAUUGUUUAUUUGAUGUAAAAGAACUAGGUUUGACUUACAUGCCCAUGAAUGAGAUCUUUUUUAAUUAGCCUUUUAAUCAAAAUCCUUUUUUGUUCAACUCAGAAAUCCUUUCUAUGACCAAUCACCCAGUUUAUUCAGAACUAUUUAGUGGACAGAUAUUAACAGGCAGGUAGUUUGUUUCACUAUAGCUUCUCAACUGUUCCAAGUGUAGGUGUAUGUAUUUGUCAGGGGUUUCUUUGAUUCAUAUUCAGUAGGCCAUCAUACUUUACUCUAUUGGGUUGUUUACCAUGCUAAGAGUAAGGCCAAGACUAGACAAUUAUUCAACUUUCACCUCAAUUUCAUGAACCAAAAAGCAGACUUAGUUAACUCGUACACAAAGGGGGGAAGAAUGUUGCAAAAGUGAUCGUUAAGGAUGUUCAUGUUUUUUUUAUCCAAUUGGAAUAUUGAUUUGUGAGAAUUGAUUGUUUCUUCAUUUUUGGUGGGUCCUGAUUUGUUUAUUUUUUAUGUUUUGACCUACCACAUAGGAUGCCUGUCAGUCAUCCUAAUGGCAAUAUCAAGUGACAUGUUGUGACGUUAUGUACACACGUUCAACAUAGCUGUGUAUGAUAUGUCUAUUCAAGUGCAAUGGGUGUUGCUACUCCAGUGUACGGGCAGUUGACUAGUUGUAAGUCCUGGACAUUUUGAAAGAGGAAAAUCUAGUCAUAAGGCAGUAAAAUCGUAAAUAAAUGCCAUAACACAGGUAGUCAGGGUCAUGUAGACUUCAGCAGUUUGAUUAAAGCCCUCAAUUGUUUUAUUAUUUUAUUUAUUUUGUAGCUUUUUGUCUGAGGGGAAGGGGGGGAUUUGUCAACAGAAUUCUUGUGUGUUUCAGAUCCAUGUAUGUAGUGUUGGGUGUUGUCUUUUUGUCUUGUGUUUUAUGCUUCGUACAUAAGAAAAAAACCAGUGGCAUGUCAAUCACUUCUUAUGAGCAGAAUGUAUACCGUUACUACACCCUCACACCCUCAAUAUUGUUUACAAGACAUCAAGUGUGUUUCGGUUUCGUGUCUCUCACCUUAAUGGUUUGAGCCCUGCCUUGAUUUCUUUAUUUGAUCAUUUAUUGAACCACAAAGGCUUGAAAUUGUGAUAGUUAAUUACAGUGUCAAAUCCAACCUCGGUAUUCAAAGCUUACAGCAAACAUACAGAGCAAUAGUUUUAACCUUUUAAAAUGUGUAUUUUUCAUUAGCAUUUAUUUUAAUACAUUUGGUUGAUAAAGACAACAUCCCCUGUGAUUUUUGUCCAGACACUGGUGUCCCUUACACAUGUCCAAAUAUUAUUUCCAAAACAUACCAGUGAAUAAUAAUUUCUAUUAGGAAAUGUAACAAACACCUGUCUCACCCCCCCCCCCCCAUACAGUGAACCACUUGGUAAUGCCCUAGAUUACCCUGUGACCUCUCAUCAGUCUGUAACAAGUUACCUCUACUGUGUCCAUCUGAGUGUUCAUUUAAUAUUUAACUGGACAUACUGUUAUUUUGCAUAAUAGAAUCACAAUUUCAAGCCUUUUUCUAGUUUUCUUUUUCUCCUUUAUUGAACAAGACAGUAGCUUAUUCUUUCGAAUGGGAAAUGACUAAUAAAGCAUGGAGAACUACUCUUUAAAUGGUAACAAAUGACAUAUUUAUUAUCUUUCCGACACCUGUGGUAUAUUUCAGUUAAAGGUCUCCGCUGUGUAAAUUUUCCUCCUGUAAUGCGUUGGAGACAUUGUACAUAGUUGUAAAUAAAUAUCCCAGGACGUUUUGCACCCUCCUCUUUGUACUAGUCUAAACUUGCGUAGAAUGUGGGGUUCUAACAGCAACGAGACAGUGCGCUCGCUGCAGGUGAUGUAACAAUGUCACUUUUUUUAUUUGUACAAUGUAGUUGAAUUGUGUACAUAUUGUUGGAGCAGCUAUGGGGGAAGGGGUUUGUUGAUGCUAUCGUCAGUGCUGUAAAAGAUCCAGUACUUUCACCUCUAGCUGUGUUGAUUUCCUGCAAAAACAAAGGCGAGAAAAUAAAAAAUAGAAAAAUUCUAAAUUGUUAUUUUCUACAGUUGCAUGUACAGAGAGCGCGAGAACUGCUGUUGUUCCUCAGAGAUUAUGUUCGUAAAUAAAAUUUUGAAAUAUU